AUGAUGAUGGAAAAAAAGAAGAAGAAGAAAAGCAAGAACAUGACCAAUAAUCAUCCAGAAGAAAUAGAUGAUGCUCUUCCAAAAGAGAAACCUCAUAAGCAUAAGAACAAGAAGAGGAAAUCAGAAUCCAAUGAAGAUGAAGGAGAUAAGGCCAAUCAGGAAGACAAUGGUGAUUUACAGAAGAAGAGGAAAAAAGAUUCUUCCGAGAGUGAACAAAUUAAAGAAAAUAACCAGAGCCAAGAUGAUGACCCAAAACCCAAGAAAGAAAAGAAGAAAAAGAAGAAAUCAAAGGCAAAUGAAGAUGGAUAUAAUGGUAAUUUGGAAGAAGACAAUGAUGAUUUACAGAAGAAGAGGAAAAAAGAUUCUUCUGAGAGUGCAGUAAUUAAAGAAAAUAACCUGAGCCAAGAUGAUGACCCAAAACCCAAAAAAGAAAAGAAGAAAAAGAAGAAAUCAAAGGCAAAUGAAGAUGGAUAUAAUGGUAAUUUGGAAGAAGACAAUGGUGAUUUACAGAAGAAGAGGAAAAGGGAUUCUUCCGAGAAGACACAAACAAAUGACGCCCCAAAAUCAAAAAAAGAAAAGAAAAAAAAUAGGAAAUCAAAAUCAAAUGAAGAUGGAGAUAAGGGUAAUUUGGAACAACAAAAUGAUGACCCAAAAAAACCCAAAAAAAAGAAAACCAAAAAAGUUACCUUUUCGGGCGAAGUAGAAAUCUUCCCAUCAUCAUCAAACACAACCGCCAAAAGACAACAAAAAACAAAAUCCGCCGACAACCUAGUACGAGGAAAAAGAUUCACACCAGAAGAAGACGAAACAGUAAAACAAGCCGUCGAAAACUACAUAAUCUCCAACAACCUAGGAGACGACGGCUUAAAAAUGAUCCUAAAUUGCAAAUCCCACAAAGGUAUGAAAAGAUGUUGGCAAGAAAUCGGCAAUUGCAUCCCCUACCGCCCUUACACCGCCAUCUACCACCGGGCCCACAUCCUCUUUGAACAAUCCGAACACCGCCAAUGGACACCCGAAGAGAUCAAAUUCCUCAAAGAAUCCUACAAAAAACACGGAAACAAAUGGAAAAUGAUUGCAGAAGAACUCGGUAAACACCGUUUCCAUGUUAAGGACACGUGGCGAAGAAUAGUCAAACUUGAGAAUUUAAAAAUUGGGAAAUGGAGUCAAGAUGAGUAUCAGAAUCUAUACGAUAUGGUCAACUUGGAUUUACAAAUGAAGAUCACGGGUCAAGAGAAAAAGUCAAAGCAUGGGAUGUUGAGGGAUAAUAUUCCAUGGACAUCGAUUAGUGAGAAGUUGACAACUAGAAGUGAUUCGACUUGUUGUAGGAAGUGGUAUGAGCAGUUGACUUCGAGUUUAGUGGCUGAGAAGAAAUGGUCGGAUGCUGAUGAUUAUUGGUUGGUUGGGAAGCUUUAUGAGAUUGAUGCGGCUUGUGUUGAAGAUGUGGAGUGGGAUGAGCUUUUGGAGCAUAGAAGUGGGGAGAUUUGUAGGAAAAGAUGGGAUCAAAUGGUGGUUUGUAUUGGGAAUCAUAAGAGCAAGACAUUUGGGGAACAAGUUGAGAUAUUGGCUAAACGUUAUCGUCCUGAAUUGGCUGAAACUAGACAGAUUUGGGAUGAUAAACCCGUUGUUCCUUGA